AACUCUUCAAUAGGUGGAUUCUUCCAGUGCAUGACAAGUUUGUCUUUAACAGAGAAAAGCAAGAAACCAGAAUACCAGGAUCCACUUUCAGAUUUGUCUGGUUUGGAAGAAGAGACUGAAGAACACAAAGACAACCAAGAGGACAUGCGUAUAGUGGAUGGAGCUUUGUUUGUUCAGAAUUUUCACAAGAGAAUCAGACAAGAGUGGGGUUCUAAUACCAGGAAAAGUCCGUCAGAAGUCAGGAAAACAAGUCCAAGAAACAAGUCCAAGAAACUGGACAAGUCCAAGAAACUUCCCAAGUCCAAGAAACUUUCCAAUGCCAAGAAACUUUCCAAUGCCAAAGAUGUCUCAAAAGGCUUAAAAAUUGGGCAAUCCAGAAGGCCAAAACAAUCAAGUCACUCAGAGGUCAAGAAAACAAGGAAAGUUCAGAAUACCAAGGAUGCCUCAAAAACCCCAGAGAUUAAACAAACCCAAUUAAGAAAGUCAACACGGCUUGCUGCGAAAGAGAAUAGUACCCAAAACUUGGCUGGUCAUGGCAGCUCUCCAUGCAGUGAAAAUGGAAAAGAGAAGAGAGUCAAUGAUAAGUCCUGCCGCACGCAGGUACUGGAGACAUCCCAAGCUGGUCCGAACUACAAAGCUCCAUCUCAUGUCACAUCUCAGGCCUCGGAUGUUUCUGACACAGAAGAUGAACUUCAUGUAGUCAUCGCUGAGCAAACAGAAAAUGCCCAAACAGACAUUGAGGUAAGCAACCUGCAAACACAGUCACUGUCAUUAGAGAGUACUUCUGAGCCCCAACCAAAAAUCCAGAUUCAGCCGGCCAUGGAGAGUGCUGUGGCAUCCUCUCAAGACUGUGAGUUGCAAACUGUAGAUGGUGAUUCUAUUUCAUUGCUUGGUACAGCAAAGAACAAGGAUAAGAAGGACUGCUUGGAAUCUCCAGCAGUGGAUGUGUGCAGUGUGCCCAGAGAAAGUAUUAGUAUCUCACAGGACACCAUGCUUAGCCCUGCACCUGCACCGGAAACUGAAACUGAAAUGGAAAUGGAAAUGUUAUCCCAGAGAAAGAAGAAACACAAAAGCAAAGAGAACCCAUGUGAUCUAGAAGAUCCUGUUCAACAGGAAAGUCAAGAAGAGAUUAAUUCAGACCCGCCUGAGGGUCAGCGUGACCAACACAGAGAGAGGAAAAAGAGGAAAAAGAAAACAUACGAUGCACUGGAAUGUGAGCAAACAACUUCAGAUCCCCAAGCCUUAUCUCCUGUUGAGAAGGCGAGGGAUAAACAGCUGUUAUCAUCUCAAGUGUGCGAGGUGCCAUCUUGUGAUGACAAUUCUGUGAAGAGAGUCGAUGAUAAGUCCUGCCACACGCAGGUACUGGAGACAUCCCAAGCUGGUCUGAACUACAAAGCUCCAUCUCAUGUCACAUCUCAGGCCUCAGAUGUUUCUGACACAGAAGAUGAACUUCAUGUAGUCAUCGCUGAGCAAACAGAAAAUGACCAAACAGACAUUGAGGUAAGCAACCUGCAAACACAGUCACUGUCAUUAGAGAGUACUUCUGAGCUCCAACCAAAAACCCAGAUUCAGCCGGCCAUGGAGAGUUCUGUGGCAUCCUCUCAAGACUGUGAGUUGCAAACUGUAGAUGGUGAUUCUAUUUCAUUGCUUGGUACAGCAAAGAAGAAGAAAAAGAAAAAGAACAAGGAUAAGAAGGACUGCUUGGAAUCUCCAGCAGUGGAUGUGUGCAGUGUACCCAGAGAAAGUAUUAAUAUCUCACAGGACACCAUGCUUAGCCCUGCACCUGCACCGGAAACUGAAAUGGAAAUAGAAAUGUUAUCCCAGAGAAAGAAGAAAAAGAAGAAACACAAAAGCAAAGAGAAUCCAUGUGAUCUAGAAAAUUCUGUUCAACAGGAAAGUCAAGAACAGAUUAAUUCAGACGCGCCUGAGGGUCAGCGUGACCAACACAGAGAGAGGAAAAAGAGGAAAAAGAAAACAUACGAUGCACUGGAAUGUGAGCAAACAUGGAAUGGAAAAGAGAAGAGAGUCGAUGAUAAGUCCUGCUGCACGCAGGUACUGGAGACAUCCCAAGCUGGUCCGAACUACAAAGCUCCAUCUCAUGUCACAUCUCAGGCCUCGGAUGUUUCUGACACAGAAGAUGAACUUCAUGUAGUCAUCGCUGAGCAAACAGAAAAUGCCCAAACAGAUAUUGAGGUAAGCAACCUGCAAACACAGUCACUGUCAUUAGAGAGUACUUCUGAGCCCCAACCAAAAACCCAGAUUCAGCCGGCGAUGGAGAGUUCUGUGGCAUCCUCUCAAGACUGUGAGUUGCAAACUGUAGAUGGUGAUUCUAUUUCAUUGCUUGGUACAGCAAAGAAGAAGAAGAAGAAGAAGAAGAAAAAGAACAAGGAUAAGAAGGACUGCUUGGAAUCUCCAGCAGUGGAUGUGUGCAGUGUGCCCAGAGAAUGUAUUAGUAUCUCACAGGACACCAUGCUUAGCCCUGCACCUGCACCGGAAACUGAAAUGGAAAUGUUAUCCCAAAGAAAGAAGAGAAAGAAGAAACACAAAAGCAAAGAGAACCCAUGUGAUCUAGAAGAUCCUGUUCAACAGGAAAGUCAAGAACAGAUUAAUUCAGACGCGCCUGAGGGUCAGCGUGACCAACACAGAGAGAGGAAAAAGAGGAAAAAGAAAACAUACGAUGCACUGGAAUGUGAGCAAACAACUUCAGAUCCCCAAGCCUUAUCUCCUGUUGAGAAGGCGAGGGAUAAACAGCUGUUAUCAUCUCAAGUGUGCGAGGUGCCAUCUUGUGAUGACAAUUCUGUGAUGUUGAACAGCUCGAAAAAGAAAAAGAAAAAGAAAAAGACAAAAGAAAGGAAGGAGGACGUGGAGCAAACAACUUCAGAUCCCCAAGCCUUAUCUCCUUUUGAGAAGGCGAGGGAUAAACAGCUGUUAUCAUCUCAAGUUUGCGAGGUGCCAUCUUGUGAUAACAAUUUUGUGAUGUUGAACAGCUCGAAAAAGAAAAAGACAAAAGAAAGGAAGGAGGACGUGGAGCAAACAACUUCAGAUCCCCAAGCCUUAUCUCCUUUUGAGAAGGCGAGGGAUAAACAGCUGGUGUCAUCUCAAGUUUGCGAGGUGCCAUCUUGUGAUGACAAUUCUGUGAUGUUGAACAGCUCGAAAAAGAAAAAGACAAAAGAAAGGAAGGAGGACGUGGAGUCUCGACCAGUGGAAGAAUUGGAUUCCCUCAAAGACGCAAACAGUUUCUCUCAGGAGUACCUAGUAACCAGUGCACAGGAAGCUGUUCAUAGAAAGAAGAUGAAAAAGAUAAGUGAUGGUCCAGAUGAUGGAGGAAAAAGAAAGAGGGAAAAUGACACAUCAGAAGGCAACAUUUGCUAUUCUACAGAUCCUGAAGCUCAAAUGUUGUACCCAAAAAAGAAGAAGAAGAAAAGACAUAAAAGUGGAAACCCAGGUAGCUUAGAAGCAAUAAGAUCUGAAGAGAACUGUUCUCACGGUCUGCGGGAACUAGAUACAAGUAAAACAACAUGCCAAAGUGCCUGCUCCUUUGAAAAGGAUCCAGCUUCAGUUCACUCUGACACACCUGAAGGCCAAAAUGUUCAACUAAGAGACGGUCCCAACAAUAAAGAAAAAAGAAAGAUGUAUCGUUGGACUCUGGUGCCAUGGAGUUGAGCAAGAGGUCUGACACUGACACAUGUCAGACUGUUGAUGUAGACCAUGAGGAGAAUGUGUGUCUUUCUCUUGUGGGCCAAAAGAGGUCUGACAUUGACACAUCAGACUGUUGAUGUAAACCCAGUAUUACUCAGUUCACAUAUCCCAUCUGGUUUAAUGCCCCCACUACAGAAGAAAAAGAAAAAGAAAAAAAAAUGAUUGAAGAAUGUCCAAAUCAAAAUAUAUGAUGAAUAAAAAAAGUAGCAAAUAAAGACACUUUAAUGUGAUGGGUAUACACAUUAUGAUAGUUGAAUAGGACAGUACUUGAAGGAACUCCCUCCUUUUUUUGUCAUAAUGUGUAGAAAAUUGGGGGAUGUUAAUGUAUUAUGAACAUGGCAUAGACAGGAGAAGUAUGGCAGCCUGUUAUUGAUAGACACCUGACAAAAAUGUGUGGGAUGAGAUGAUGGUAACAAGCAUACUACCCAGAGAAAUUAAUGUUUGGGAGAAAAAUAGAGGAUGGUAACACUUGUGGUAACCGCUGUUGGUCUAUAUUUAGACUGUAAUGGGGUAUCUGUCUUGUGUGUCGUCAUACCCAUACUGUCAGAACGAAAAGAGACAAAGGCAGUUGGAGAAGGGAUGGAAGUGUAAAAUAUCUUUUAUCAUUUUUUCUUGAUGCCAUGAUACUGUGUUCAGACUUGUAGAUACAGAUCAGAAGAUAUUCUUCAGUCUUUUAUUUGCUUUCUGAUUAAUUUAUAUCCGUCAGUAAUAUUUUGUGGAUACUUCGUUGCUCCUUUUUAAAUUGAGAAUAUAGUUUGACACUGAGUGACUGCAAAUCUACAUUCUGUGUAUCUUUAUGAGCUCAUAUUUGACGGGUCUCAAUGUGCUUAAAGGAGGCCUAAACACUGACCCACGUAAAGCAUUUUGUGUAUACUUGUUUACAUUAUGAUAAAAAAAUGUUUUUACUUUUUUACUCAUUUUUUACUUUUGUACUUUGAAAAUGUCUUUAUAUGAAAUCAUAUUUUAAGUGUCCUGAAUAAUUCCUUAUGUUUCAAUAGAAUUCAUGACGUGCUAGGACAUUAAAUAUGUUCUUUGUCAAAAUGUGAACUGGAGGCUAUAUUUCCUAUGGUCAGUUCGUGUGUACCUGUAUUGGACUUAAUGUGUUUUUACCAUUAGCACUCUCUUGUCGAAUUAGAGAGCUCAUGCCUUUCCCAAACCAAGGCUGUCCGCUAAAAGACCUGACACGUGCAGAAAACUUAAAUAUAGCACACUGUUUUAGUAGACUUAAGAUUUCUGCUAUGUCUCUAGCCUGUCCAUAAACAAGUAUUAAAUAUAAAUGCGAAGUGUAAACGUACUGUCAAGCUAUGGUAUGUAGGUUACAGGGAGGAUCUUGAAACCCAACCCCUUUGACUAAUGUACAACGCGCAGUUUUGCACGGUGACUGAACGCGGACUUUCAAACGGCGAUAGUUAUGUAAUAGCCUACUGGCCACCGCACACCGAACAAAAGCAUAGCCAGUGCUGACAGUAACGAUAACUUUGUGCUGUAGGCUUGUCUUAGCUGCUCCAUACUAAAAACACUCCAGGAGUGAGCGCUAUGACUUCGCGUUGUGGUGUCUGUUGUUUUAACGAAGCCAGAAGAGUGGCUAUUUUUGGGGGUACACAUGGCAAUGAGAUGUCCGGCAUUAUGCUUGUAAAUAUGUGGUUAAAGAAUGGAGAGGAUAUUCAAAGAAGCGGAGUGAUGACGAAACCUUUCAUUACAAACCCCAGGGCUGUCGAGAAAUGCACUAGAUACGUCGACACAGAUUUGAACCGAGCGUUCACGCCAGAAAACCUCAGCGCACCCUGUGCUGAUGAGCUGCCAUAUGAAGUCCGGAGGGCCCAGGAGAUAAAUAAGAUGUUUGGCCCUAAAGGCACAGCAGAUGCUUAUGAUGUAAUCUUUGACCUCCACAACACCACUUCCAACAUGGGCAGCACUCUCAUUCUGGAGAGUUCAACUGACCACUUCACUCUCCAGAUGGUGCAUUACAUUAAGAAAGCCAUUGCUCCAGCAAGUUGUUCGGUGCUCUUGAAUGAACACCCACUGCUUAAGUAUUCAACCUCACGCUCCGUAGCCAAGCACCCCAUUGGUCUUGAGGUUGGCCCACAGCCUCAGGGUGUAUUAAGGAGCAACAUAUUUGAGUCCAUGAGGGUGAUAAUGAAAACUGCUCUUGAUUUUAUUGAGCUUUUCAACAAUGGUGUGGAGUUUCCUCCAUGCAAUGUUGAUGUGUUCAGAGUUCAGGAGAGGAUGGACUAUCCCAGAGACACGAACGGCAACAUCACUGCCAUGGUGCAUCCAGAUUUGCAGGACUGUGAUUGGGAGCCACUGAACCCGGGUGAUCCUAUGUUCCAAACAUUUGAUGGCAGAACCAUCCCUUAUGAAGGUCCCAACCCAGUAUAUGCUACAUUUAUCAACGAAGCUGCAUAUUAUGAGAAACAGCAGGCAUUUGUGACAACUCGACGAGAGACAUUAGCAGCCCAUGCCAUCAGAAAAAUAGAUCAGUAAUGCCUCAGAAGUCACAUAGAUAUAGUAGGUACUAUUAGUUAACCCUAAUACUCACUGAACUGUCCAUGAAACAGAAUAAAAACGCACUUUUGCACCAAUUUGUAAUAUACAAAGAAAUGCUUUCACAUAAAUCUGCUUAGUUUGAGAGUAACGUUUUUAACAAAUAUUUUACAGUUAAGAAAACAUUGAUUCAACUAUGCAAGUGAAUUCCACAUAUGUGGGGCUUAGUAUGUAAAAUACUAUUUUUGAAACUUUUUGUGACGGUACUGUCAAAACUUUUCCCAGCAGUCAGAUAGUUUUAGAUAUAUUCUAGGAAAUUAACAAGAUUUAUAUGUUUAAAGAGUAAUCAUUUAUGUAUUCAUCAGCUUGACUGAACAUUUGUAUGUAUAUAUUCAUAACAUUUAAUACACUCCUCUUUAAUGUCUUGUACUACUCAGGAAUAAGAGACGAUUAGUGGCAAAAGCAAAAUACACUCAGAAGACUGUAUCACACUUUAUAAUAACCUCACUUUGAUAUGUUCAUAUUUCAUAAUGAAUUUAAAUAGCCUUAAACUCUUAAGAUAACCCCUGUCUGUGAGUGACAAUAAUUCCACUGGUGCUGUCCUGUGCUCGCCUUAACAGAACUCUGAUCAUUUAAAGAGUCAAGCCCAAUAGAUGUGUGUGCAAUACGUGCUACCACUGCAUAUUAAGUGGAAAGGUAGUGUCAUUGUUUUAUUUAAUGGUUGUAAAUGAAGUAAUCAAGUGCAUUGUGGUGAAUGUUGAAAUGUGCAGGUUAUUUAAAUAUGGAGCAUAAUGUUUCACAGUUGGUAUAAGUUUACUGUUAUUGUGUUGACAAUGGUCAAUCUUUCUAUGAAAUCAUUGUGGAAUGGUGUUGUCCUGGAAUAUGUUGAGCCUUUUCUUAUUAUUAAGAGUUGUAGUGUAGUUAAUUUUUAAAUUCAAAAGCUAUGCAAUAUUUUAUAUGUUGAUUGCUUAAACUAUUUCAUUCUGUUUAAUUGUCCUACAUCUAUGUCAGUUGAGUAUGUGUUAUUUUCAUCACACCAUCCUUUGAAGUUGAUCAAUUGUUACAUGCCCUUAUAUAAAUAAUCCGAGCAGCUUCUAAGUCUUAAAUUGUUUUAUGUGGAGAGAGAUUUAUUCUGAUGUAUCCUUAAGAUUUUUAAAGUUUCUUCAAAAUUAAAAAAUGAAACUUUUUGAACAUUAA